CAACCCCUCCCUUCGGCGGCCCACCAGAAGCAGCUGUCUUCGCCCUUCCCUUCCUCCUACCUCGCCGGCGCCCAUCUUCCUCCACGUUGCAACCACCUGCUCCGCAAGUCCACCUCCAUCCAUGCCCCACCCCCCGUCGAUCCACCUUCGGCGUUCGGAUCCGGGCUGCCGCCGCCGGCACCGCGCGCCUGCCUUCCCCACCGGAUCUGGCCAUGCGGUGGCCGUGAACUAUGGCGACAACCGAAUUCCGGUCAUGGGCUCCCUCGCCUCCUCCUUUGUUUUUCUCUGUCACCCCUGAUCCCAACUUGCUAGUGUCUCUCUUCCCUUGUUCCCUACAGGUCGCAUGUUGAGGGCAUGUGGUGCGCAUGCAGAGAGGAGGUAGGAGGGGUUCUCCUGCUCGAUGCCGCCGCCGUGGUGGAUCUGACGAGAUCCUCCGCGAUCAGCCUCCAACGCACCCUACCAGCCGCCAAUGAGCCGCGCCGCCCGCCGCACCAGAGCGCCAGCUGCAUCCCUGCGUGCGGUCCGAAAAGGCACGAGGUGCAGCUCGCUGUUUCUGCUCAUGGAGUUCAAAGCUCCUGCACCGAGGUGGUGCCCCUUCCUGGCUGUGUCUCCAAGUGGUCCACCUCUCCCUGGCACUGCGAUGCAGUGCGCCUCUACCGUGCAGUUUGGUGGCGUGGCGAGUCGGCUACCUCCAACUGUUGCCGCCCUGUCCGAUCUGGCGAGAUCCGAUUGCACCCGCACCUUCGUUCCCUCCCCAACCGGCAACCUGCGGUAUGCUCCUCCUCUCUCCAAGCACGCGGCCAAGCCAGGAAAGAUGAAGUGUCCCAGUUCGGUUGGAUUGGAUGCCCUGUUACUUAAUUUUGUUGUUUGUUGGGAACUGCGGUUCAUUGCCCAUGGUGUGGUUGGCCUUUGAGCACACUGCUAUUUUGUCCAAUGUGCAAGUGUAGCCCGUAGAAUUUUGAGCGGUUCAGGUGCUGGACAAUGCAGAUUUUGUAUUUGUGUGUGACUGUAAAAUACUUUGAAGCUCACUUUGUUAUAUGA